AAAUGACAAUCCUUCCUAACGUCAAAGUGACUGAAUAAAUAUUGUUUUCAAUUCGCUUUUCGUAAUAAUAUUUAUAUAAUAUUUUAUUUACUCCAAGAGAAUGAAUUUUUUCAAUCUCACAUCGUAUGCUUUACAAGAAGUCAAUAAACCUGUGAAAUUCACUCUGCAACAAUGGUAUAUAGAUAAUACGACCGCAACAAGAAAUAGCUUAGCGCAGCAGGAGCUAGCUGAUAAAAUUAUAGCAGAAUCGAAUAGGCUGACUGAUGAAAUUGAUGAAGUUACGAGAACAAACAAACAAGAAGUUGACCACAAACUAGCGGAAAAAGUGAACCAGAUCGAGUUCUUAAAAAACGAAGUGGAACUUCUGCGCAAACAAGUCGGCAUGGAAAUAGACACCUUGAACCUUUUUCUGAUUCGUCUAGAAGACACCCAACGCGGUCUGCAAGAAAGCUGCAUGGCUGUUUGUAUGAAGUGUCUUUACUUUAGAGAUCAAAGGAUAGGCAUUGACUUGUGUAUUGAUUAUGUUCAAAAAGAACUCCAACACGAAGCCAACGUCAUACAAAGUGCCCAACAGCUUGUGAGCAGAGCUUAUGGACAAGUAACUGAACAAAUAAGAGUUCUUCGUUCAUGUCUCUAUUUUAUCGACAGAGACUUGGAAGAUAAAUCCAGAGUAUUAGAAAUAGAUAGCGACAAUAAGGAUUUGAGAGAAACCAGUCUGAACUUGAGCAUGUACCAUGGGCAUACGAAGAUGGAUGUUGCAACCAUAACAGGCGAAGAAUGGGAACAACAAUCCAUGAAAAACAUUGAAACAGCCGCGAAAGAGGUGAAUGCAGCCAUUCAACUACGAACAUUCAUCAACGUUAUACUCAAGGAGGCAAUAGAGGACUGUAUCAGUCAAUACAAUUUGGUAAAUGAUGCAUUCAAAAGGAGAAUUGAGGAAACGAAGUUCGUGAAGAACAAACUAGAAAUGGAUCAUAGUGAGAUAGUAAGGCAAGUGAACGAAAUGACGCGAAACAUAACUAAGCUCGAGGUAGCUAUCACAGAAAAGGAGGGAUUCAUGGCGUUAUCACACACAAGACUGGGUAGAAGAGCUCACAGACCUGGUGCCGAACUUUGCAGAGACAUGGUUGAUACAUCUUUGAUAGAAGAAGUAAGGGUAAUGAGGAAUAAUAUUGCAAAAUUACAACAUAUGCUCUGCGAGUCCCAAGCAUCUUUGAGAUAUCUUCUAAAAUGUCAAAUCUCAGUGGAAGAAAAUUUAAAUAUCAAAUUAAAUACUUUGAAGAUAGACGAAGUUAACUGUAUGACUUUACGUGAAGGAAUGAAUUAUAAGUUUUAUUGAAACAUCACAGGUUU